ACCAGGGUCAGUGACUCUCAUAGUUAUAUCAAUUGAACGUCGCUUCUAAAGCAGUAAUCUGACUUACGUUAACAUUUUUAUAUGAGUAUACAAACGUAAUAUUGCUUAUCAGGGGUCUUUGUUGCGCUUGUUGAGCGUAUUUUCUAGUCACGUGAUCUGCUUCAAGUGUCAAGCACGAUGACAACCGAACUGACCCAACCUCUUCGCUGCCUUCGCUCCCCGGCUCCCCUCACAGGUCGUCUCGAUUCGGCUGUGUCUUGUGCCGGUCGGGGUCGCUGUGUCAAGGGUAUUCAAGGACUAUCUCCGGUGAAGGCAUCGUAGUACGGUCGGGCAGUUUCAAGCUUCCUCCGAAAGUCUGAGAAAUGUCCAAGGUGUGCUUGAUCGUCAUCGAUGGCUGGGGAGUCUCGGACGACCCCCACGGCAAUGCCAUCCUCAACGCUAAGACCCCGGUAAUGGAUGGACUGGCGGCUGCUCCCGACCAGUACCUGACCUUGGACGCUUCAGGCUUGUCCGUCGGCCUCCCGGACGGUCUUAUGGGCAACAGCGAAGUCGGACACCUCAACAUCGGCGCCGGGAGAGUCAUCUACCAGGACAUCGUCCGAAUCAACAUGGACGUCAAGACCGGCGACAUCAAGAAGAACGAGAACUUCGUGGAGGCCUGCAACCGCGCCAAGUCCAAGACCGGUCGGCUUCACCUUUUGGGCCUCGUGAGCGACGGCGGAGUGCACGCCCACAUCGAGCACAUCUUCGCGCUCCUGGAAGGCGCCAAGGAGCACAAGGUGCCCCGGACCUUCAUCCAGUUCUUCGGCGACGGCAGGGACACGAGCCCGACGAGCGGCGCCAAGUACGCGCAGCAGGUCCUCGACAAGAUCGCCGAACUCAAGUACGGCUCCUUGGCGACGGUCAUCGGCCGCUACUACGCCAUGGACCGAGACAAGCGGGACGAGCGCAUCAAGAUCGCCUUCGAGGGCCUAGUCCAAGGCAUCGGCACCAAGUGCGACGCCAAGGACCUCGUCAAGCACAUGCAGUCCUUGUACAACGCGCCCGACGACAAGCGGCAGACGGACGAGUUCUUCAUGCCCAUCAUCACCGAGCUGGACGGCCGAAUUAGGGACGGCGACACCAUCGUCUUCUGCAAUUUCCGGGCCGACCGUGCUCGCCAGCUCUCUGAAGCCCUUGGCAUCAAGCCAAACUUUGAGACAGCCGUCAUCCCCAAAGACAUCAAGAUCUACUGCAUGACGCAGUACAAGAAGGAGUAUCCUUUCGCUCUGCUGUACCCGCCAACAGUUCCCAAGAACGUCCUUGCGGAGUGGCUGGCAGAGAAGAAGCAUACGCAGUUCCAUUGCGCCGAGACUGAGAAGUACGCCCACGUUACCUUCUUCUUCAACGGUGGCCAAGAGAAGGCCUUUGCAGAGGAGGAACGGUGCAUGGUGCCUUCGCCCAAGGUGGCCACAUACGACCUCUUGCCUGAGAUGAGCAGCAAGGGCGUUGCAGACGAGAUGGUCAAGGUUGUCCAGGCAAAGAAGCACCCCUUCGUCAUGUGCAACUUCGCCCCGCCCGACAUGGUAGGACACACGGGGGUGUACGAAGCUGCCGUCAAGGCGGUCGAAGCGACUGACGUCGCCAUUGGACGCAUCAGAGAUGCCUGCGUGGAAAACGGCUACGUCAUGCUGGUCACGGCAGAUCACGGAAACGCGGAGGUCAUGAAGACGGCGGACGGAAAGCCCGUCACAGCCCACACGACCAACAGGGUGCCCUUCUGCAUGGUCGGGCCACACAAGUUCGCCAAGCCCGAGCACAAUCCUGCUCUAUGCGAUGUAGCGCCAACCAUUCUUGCCCUCAUGAACAUCCCGCAGCCCGCAGAGAUGACUGGAAAGUCCCUGCUUGCAAAGUAGAAACCAAAAGAAUACAUGUAUAUUGUUUCCCCCUGGAACGUUACCGGUUGCAGAUUUUGUUGAUGGUCUCAUUUUUCCUUGAGAUUAAGCCGUUUUAAAUUUAGUCCAUCUCAGUCAUGUAUUUAUAAAUGUUGAAUAGAAUGUGAAUAAAUUUGUCUCCAGCUGUG